UUCCGCCUCUGUGUCAGCUCGCGGGCGUCUAGCUCUGGUGUCGUCCUGUCGGAGGAAUUAGAAAAAAAAAAAGGCGAUCAGGACUUCAGAAGCUCACAGGAAGGACAAUGUACUAGAAAUCCUGGAAAAGAAAAGGCAGUAGAGAAAAAUGAACAAUGAGGAUGAGUUCUACGAUGCCGUCACAGGCCUGGACUCAGAUGAGUCCUGUGAAGGCACGUCAGAGGCCAGUUUUAAAGAUGCGAUUGUGUUUGACUGCCAUCAGAAAAACAAUGGUACGCCGCCGCAGGAGAAUGGAAUCAAGAAGCACAGGACGACCUUACCUGCACCAAUGUUUUCCCGUAAUGACUUCAGUAUUUGGGGAAUACUGAAGAAAUGCAUUGGACUGGAGCUGUCCAAGAUCACAAUGCCUAUAGUGUUCAAUGAACCUCUGAGUUUCUUGCAGCGAAUCACGGAGUACAUGGAACACACAUACCUCAUCCAUAAGGCUUGCUCUCUCUCUGACUCAAUAGACCGCAUGCAGGCUGUAGCUGCUUUCACUGUCUCUGCUGUAGCGUCUCAAUGGGACAGAACUGGAAAGCCUUUUAAUCCGCUGCUGGGGGAGACUUUUGAGCUCAUACGGGAUGAUCAGGGCUUCAGGUUGAUUUCGGAGCAGGUCAGUCACCACCCUCCAAUUAGCGCCUUCUACGCAGAGUGUCUUACUGGAGACUUUGUGUUUCACGGCUCCAUUUACCCCAAGCUUAAGUUUUGGGGAAAAAGUGUGGAGGCUGAGCCCCGUGGGACCAUCACUUUAGAGCUCCUCAAGCACAAAGAGGCCUACACGUGGACAAACCCAUUCUGUUGUGUACACAACGUUAUAUUGGGGAAGCUGUGGAUAGAGCAGUAUGGAACGGUUGAAAUAGUCAAUCACAGUACUGGUGACAAGUGUGUGCUGAACUUCAAGCCUUGUGGCAUGUUUGGCAAGGAGCUGCAUAAAGUAGAAGGCUACAUCCAGGACAAGAGUAAAAAGAAGCGAUGUGUUAUCUAUGGGAAAUGGACGGAGUGCAUGUGGAGCGUAGAUCCCCAGGUGUACGAGGUCAACAGGAAGACAGAGAAGAAGGGAGCAGCAGACACUAAGAAACAAAAACAGGAGGAGAGCGCUGGGGCAGAAAAUGACGAGGCUGACGAUAUGCCGGAGGUACAGGAGACUGUGGCAGUAAUACCUGGCAGCACCCUGCUCUGGAGGGUAUCAUCUCGACCUGCACACUCUGCUCAGAUGUACAACUUCACCAGCUUUGCCAUCACCUUGAAUGAGUUGGAGCCAGGGAUGGAGGCGAUCCUGGCACCCACUGACUGCCGCUUUCGCCCUGACAUCAGGGCCAUGGAGAAUGGCAACAUGGAAGUGGCUAGCAGAGAGAAGGAGAGGCUGGAGGAGAAGCAGAGAGCAGCUCGUAAGGAGCGAGCUAAGGAAGAACAGGAGUGGUCCACAAGGUGGUUCCAGCUAGGCACUAACCCGUAUACCGGCUCACAAGAUUGGAUCUACACAGGAGGGUACUUUGAUAGGAAAUAUACUGACUGUCCUGAUAUCUACUGAUGGGAGGCUGUGCCCCCCCACCCUGCUUUGCAAUAUCAUAUCGUCUCCAAUGGGAACUCUUAAAACUGUAGAAGCUAUUUGUUCCUUUUCUAUUUGGCACAAUUAACAAUGUCUACACAAACGCCCAUCCCUAAAUGUUAGCAGGACUUGUCCUGAACCAGCCACAGAAAAGCAAAAAUCAGGGAUAAAAAUGAUUGUUUGACUGUAGAAAGGUUUUGGAGACAAAUGUCUAAUACAUCUCAGAUGUGAAAUGUGAGGUUUUAUUUCAUAAUGCGGAUUAUGUUGUGCUAAUCUCAGUGUCAUAACUGAAAAGAAUGAAUUGGGACGUGCACUGAAAUAACCAAGGUGGCAAUUUUCGGUAGUUACGGAACUUGCCUUGUGACUAGCAAGUUGGUGGUUUGCACCUGGGAUGUGUUCCCUUUGAGAAAGGUGCUUUAGGUGAAAUACACAAAUAUAUAUAGCUGUAUGAACUGCUAAUAUGUAAAU